CUUGGUUCCUCCACUCAAAGCAGCUGUCUUGGUGUUGGCGUAAAGUGAAAGAUCAAGGACUUCCAUCAAGUACUUAGCCACCUGGCUAAGGGAAGAACUGGUGUAACCGUGGAAACCGGCCAAUAUUUCCAAGUGUUCUCUUGGUGUCAAAUCCAUGUACAAUGCAUCGUACUGGGGACAGUAACCGACUCGAGUAAACAUACUAGCUCUUAAGGUAAACCAUGAAAAAGGCCAAAAAUGUGUGUGUGAAUGUUCAAAAAGAAUAUCUACUCACCCAGGGGUCAGCAGGUUUUGCUCCAAAACGACGACUCCACGAUCCGCCCUUUGCUGACCACUAAGGACUCGAAACGUGCUAGUCUUUCCCGCCCCGUUCACACCCAGUAA